CCUCUGCGAAUUAGCUGGAAAGCAGAACAAAACCAAGUAACAUAUGUGCUAUGCAGCCCUCUAGUGGUGGCAAAAAUGUGGUGGUUUCUGAACUCGACAAAUCGGGCAUAUUACCGCUGGAGUUCAUCACCGUAACAGAUCAGGCCGUUGCUAGCAAAUCCAAUGCUGCCUCUCGUCGGCUUGUACGAGCACAGGCACGGAAGUCAGCACAUCGCAACAAGGGUGCUUAUGCACAAGCACAUGCGACCGGAUCAGGAGGGACUAAGAUGAAAUUUAAGCUGUCAUCGUGGAAACGACGCAAUUCGAGCACCCCAAUGGAAAAACAGAGUUUUGGCUUUGCAUUCGUCAUAUCAGAUCGGCAGGAUUACAACUCUUCGGAAGACUGUAAUAUUCCAUCAGCUAGUGCGAGGCUCACUGUCGAUCUCGGCCCGAUAAAUGUUCUGCCUGUUCCACUGAUUCCAAUGACGAAGGAGCUUCUUCACUUUUACCACAAUGGCUUGCGCACUAACAGCUUUGCAUUAAACCCGGACGGUGAUUGGUACGACAUAACUCGAGUGGAUGCUGCCACUUUGCACGCCUUUCUAUCCACGAUUGCGGUACUACGACAGCUGCAACUCGGACUCACAAAUUCGGUGGCAGUAGUACAUCACAGAUGUGCGGCUAUACAGCACAUGAAUGGGCGGCUUUCUGAUCCGGUUCAACGGCUCUCAGACUACUUAAUAGCCGCCGUUGCUGUUCUCGUUAAUGCAGAGGUAGCUUCGAGCUUUCUCUUAUUUUUCAAAGCCGUCACGGGGCACUGACAGACUAUUUCAAUAGGCUAUGGAGAGCAGUUUCGAAUUAGCAUCGCUUCAUAUGCGUGGCCUGGUAUCGAUGAUUCAAUUGCGCGGUGGCCUCGAAAACUUUAAUCAUUUGCAGACCUUACAGAGAGUUAUAACAUGG